AUGGCCAAGCUCACUUUGCUCACUGGUCUGGCCCUCCUGCUGAACGCCCACAUAGGCUCUGCCUAUGUGCUGUCAUGUUACUUUUCCAACUGGGCCCAGUACAGGGCUGGCCUGGGCAAAUUCUUGCCUGACAACAUCGACCCGUGCCUGUGUGACCAUCUGAUCUACGCCUUUGCUGGGAUGGACAACAACGAGAUCACAACUACUGAACGCGAUGAUGAGAAGCUUUACAUGUUCUUCAAUGGCUUGAAGAAACAGAGAGAAAAUCUGAAGACUUUCCUGUCAGUUGGAGGGGGCAAUUUUGGAACAGCCAAGUUCUCCACAAUGGUUUCCACACCUGAGAACCGUCAGACUUUCAUCAACUCCGUCAUCAGAUUCCUGCGCCAGUACGGCUUUGACGGGCUGGACAUUGACUGGGAAUACCCUGGCUCCAGGGGCAGCCCACCCGAGGACAAGGAGCUCUUUACUGUCCUAGUCAAGGAAAUGAAGGCAGCCUUUGAGCACGAAGCCAAACAGGUCAGCAAGCCCCAUCUCAUGAUCACCGCGGCUGUUGCUUCAAAACUUUCUGAAAUUCAGUCUGGCUACCAGAUCUCUGAGCUUGGAAAGUAUCUGGACUACUUCCAUGUGAUGACCUACGACUUCCAUGGCUCCUGGGAUGGACACACUGGGGAGAACAGCCCUCUGUAUCUAGGCCCAGCUGAUACUCCUGACUUCACGUACUUCAAUAUUGAUUAUGCUAUGAACUACUGGAAGAGCAAUGGUGCCCCAGCUGAGAAGCUCCUUGUUGGAUUCCCAACCUAUGGACAUAGCUUCCACCUGAAAAACGCAUCUAACGCUACUGUUGGGGCACCAACAACAGGGCCUUGGCCAGCUGGAUCUUACACAAAUCAGUCUGGACUCUUGGCUUACUAUGAGAUCUGCUCAUUCCUGGACAGUGGAGCUAUCAGCAGUUGGUAUGAUCCCCAGGUCGUGCCUUAUGCCUACAAGGGCGAAGAAUGGGUUGGCUAUGACAACGUCAGGAGCUUCAGUGCCAAGGUUGACUGGCUGAAGCAGAAUCAUUUUGGAGGUGCCAUGGUUUGGACCCUUGAUAUGGAUGACUUCACUGGCACUUUCUGCGAGCAGGGCAAAUAUCCCCUGAUUAACACCCUGAAGAAGGGUCUUGGUCUGCAAAAUGGCAACUGUGCACCACCAGCUCAGCCUAAUCCUCCAGUCACUGCAGCUCCUAGCCAAGGAAGUGGGAGCUCAGGAGGCAAUACUGGCAGCUCUGCUUUCUGUGCUGGCCAGGCCAACGGCAUCUAGGCAGAUCCAACCAGCAAAAGCAAGUUCUACAACUGCAAUAAUGGUGAAACCUACGUGGAGAGCUGCCAGGCUGGCCUUGUCUUUGAUGCCAGCUGCUCCUGAUGUAACUGGGCAUGAAGAUACCACUGCUAUGACAGCAAACAGACCCCUCUGCUUUGAU